CAUAGGAACCCGGUGAGCGGUCCUCCUUCGCUCCCUCAGCCGCACAGCCUCAGCUCUUCUUCGGACUCGGCCGGAGAGAGGUCCCGCUGCCAUGUCUGUGUUCAGCCUCCUCGUCAAGCAGCUCCGGAGCCACCCGGCUCUGAUCCCCCUCUUCAUCUUCAUCGGUGGUGGUGUAACCAUGAGUGCCACGUACCUGGCUCGUCUGGCUCUGAAGAACCCAGAUGUCUCAUGGGAUCGUAACAACAACCCUGAGCCCUGGAACAAGCUGGGGCCCACCUACCAGUACAAACUUUUCGCAGUUAACAUGGACUACUCCAAGCUGGAGAAGGACAGGCCUGAUUUCUAAAUUGCACGUCCACCUCUGACGUCGUCUUCAGUGUGAAGAGCCGUUGCACUUUUAUUUGUUUUACCAAAUAUGAAAUAAACCCGUGACGCUGAACAUGCCGCACUCAUUCAGCUUAUUCUGGAG